AUGUUUUUGAAGUCACCGUUGCGUCGCCAACUACGAUCAUUUGGCUUUUUAUACGCACCUAACGGAAAAGCAAUACAGCUUCGCGGAAUUGCGGGACCACCCGGGCCACCUGGACCUAAAGGCACACGUGGAUAUCCUGGCUUUCCGGGUCCGAUUGGUUUGGAUGGACCAAAAGGUGUUGCAGGUAUGCCAGGACCGAAAGGUGAACGUGGAGAGCGUGGUCCAAUGGGACCACCAGGAUAUCCUGGACCUAAAGGAGAUCGGGGUUAUUCAGCUGCUCUUAGCAGAUUGCAGGUGGGAAAUUCCGAUUCAGCCUCACCGAUGCUCAUUCAGGGUCCACCAGGUAAUCCAGGACCACCGGGAGAAGUUGGAAAACCAGGUCCAGCUGGCCCUAAAGGUGAGAGAGGACUACCGGGAUUUGAUGGUGAAUCACGGAUCGGAGUUAAAGGUGAACCUGGUGAACCCGGAAUGCAGGGCAAAAAUGGUCUCAUCGGACCUCCUGGACCACCUGGAUUAAAAGGGGAGCCAGGAGCACCUGGACAACGUGGAUUACCAGGUUCGCCAUCCAAGCAUGUAGUAGAACAUCUGGAACCAAUUGCUGGUCCACCAGGGAAACCAGGAUUACCUGGUUCACCGGGGGUACCAGGACCUCCAGGAGCAAAAGGUGAUGCAGGAUUUCCAGGCAGAGAUGGUGCAGAAGGACGAAUGGGAAGGACGGGUAGUCCAGGUCAACGAGGAGCACCGGGGCAAAAGGGUGAGAGAGGUGAAAAAGGCGAUAUUGGUGUAUCGGGAGCUCCAGGACUUCCUGGUAUUGUUACAGCAGCAUCAGCAAGAGCAACGCAAAUUAUUGCUGGACCGCCGGGCCCUCCAGGACGCGAUGGCCGUAAAGGUGAAAAAGGAGAAAAGGGUGAUAUGGGUAGCAAAGGUAUGGCAGGUAUACCGGGACAACCAGGUGCUAAAGGUGAUACUGGUAGACGUGGAAAAAAAGGUAAAGAUGGUUUAGCAGUAAAUGAAGAGAAGCUUAUACAAAAAGUGUUAUCAGUAGUGCAACAUGCUCGCAUUGGAGGCUUACCUGGGGCGCCAGGACCUCAGGGUCCUAAAGGAGAGCAAGGAUCUCGUGGUGAGCGCGGUCCACAGGGUUUACCAGGUCAUGCUGGAACCAAAGGAGAACGAGGCGAAAUCGGGCCACCUGGAUUGAUUGGUCCACCAGGAUUGCCAGGACUUCCGGGCUCCGUCAUCGAGGCGACUGCGUCAUCGUCAUCAUCAUUAAUGGUUUCAGGGCCUCCAGGACCUCGAGGAAGUCCCGGUUUACCUGGACCACCUGGUUUGAAAGGUGAAAAAGGAGACCAAGGUUUGGCUGGUCUUCCUGGAUCGCUUGGUUUGCCGGGACCUCCUGGACCAAUGGGAAUACGAGGAUCACCAGGUACACCUGGAAUUGAAGGAAGACAGGGCAAAAUUGGACCAGUAGGACCACCAGGGCCCAAAGGAGAUAUUGGAUUACCUGGUGCGCGUGGUCCACCUGGUGAUCGAGGACCACAAGGAGAACAAGGAAAGCAUGGCUUACCUGGAUUGCAAGGAGAGAAGGGUGAGCAGGGUAUACCUGGUUUAGAUGCUCCUUGUCCAACUGGACCAGAUGGAUUACCAAUGCCUUACUGUGCCUGGAAACCACUUGAUCAAAAUGUUCGAACAGCGUAUGGGAUUGAUGUUGCAAAUGACAAUAAUGAUGGUAAUGGAAUUGGUGUUCAAUAUGCAGAAAUUAAUGAAGAUAAGUUAGAUUGGACGGCAGAUGGCUUUGCCAAAAGGAUUAUUCAUUGA